CAUCUUCGUUCCUUCCUGCGCAAGAAGACGUCCACCACCGCUGCCGCGAUUUAAGCUGGACGCAGUUGGAAGUGGAACCCCAUAAGCGCCCAUCCAUCGGUCAUCUCACACCACCCUAGCUCUCCGGCGAACGACCGAUAAGUACCCGUCGGGAUGGGCGAGGCAAGCUCCGACGCCGCCGCCAAGGCUGCGGCCGUGCGGGCUGUCGCAGUCUCCCGGGUGGCGCCGUCGGUGCAGCGCGGGGAGCACGUGAAACUUUCCUUCUUCGAUUCGCCGUGGGUCGUGCUGCCGCCGAUCCAGCGGGUGUUCCUGUACGAGCUUGGGGAAGCGGACGGCUUCCCGGCGGUGGUGGAGCGGCUCAAGCGCGCUCUCGCGGACACCCUGGCGCACUACCUGCCCCUGGCGGGGAUGCUCAAGUACGCGGUGGAGACCGGGGACGCCUUCGUGGACUGCACCGACGCCGGGGUCGCCUUCCUGGAGGCCGAGGGCGAUAUGGACGUGCGGCGUCUAGCCGGCGACGAGGCGCACGACAUCGUGGCAUUCCUGAGCCUGGUGCCGGAGCUGGAUGCCCGGGUGCUCCCGGCGCCCGUGCUGUCAGUGCAGGCCACUCGUCUAAGCGGCGGCCUGGCGGUGGGCCUGUCCGUGCACCACGUAGUCGCGGACGGACGCGCCGUUUGGCGAUUCAUGGAAGCCUGGUCCUCCGCUUCCCGCGAGGGCUCCCCGGUCACCAAGGUCCUCGGCCCGCCGCACUACGCCCGGGAGGUCAUCCAGCACCCCAACGGCGACGAGCUCGCCCGCGACAUGCUAAAGACCGUCGCGCCCAAUCUCCCUGUGGUGAGGGGGCAGUACGACUUCAGCCAGCGGUUCCUGCGGGCGCGCCGGACGUUCUACCUCGGGGCCGACGACAUCCGGUCGCUCAGGCGGCGGAUCGACGACCUCGCCUCGGCCGAGUCUGCUGCCGGUGGCGACGCGCCCAAGCCGAAACCGGUGUCGACGUUCGUGGCGCUGGCGGCACUGAGCUGGACGGCGUUCGUUCGUUCCAAGGGGCUCGGCGCAGGGGACGACACGUACCUCAUGUUCCUCGCCGACCUGCGCUCCCGCCUCGACCCGCCUGUCAGUGAGGCUUACCUGGGCAACUGCGUGCGCGCGUGCUUGGCCAGCUGCGCCGACGCGGCGGACCUCCUCGGCCAGUCCGGCAUCCUCCGCGCGGCGCGGGCCGUGCAGGCGGCUGUGGCGGAGAUGGAGGCGGCGCCGCUGUCCGGGACGGACAAGGGGUGGAUGCAGAUGCUGAUGCGGCUGCCGUUUCAGCGGAUGACCAACGUGGCGGCGAGCCCUCGGUUCCGGGCCUACGAGGCGGCCGACUUCGGGUUUGGGAAGCCCGCGCGCGUGGAGCUGGUCUCCAUGAACCACGACGGUGAGAUGGUGCUGGUCGGUGGCCGGCGCGACGGCGAGGUGCAAGCCUCCGUGUCCAUUGACCCGGCGCACAUGGAGGCAUUCAAGGCCUGCAUCCUCGGCUAGACAACCUCAAAAAAUUAGCUAGUAGCCACGUCCGUACGCCGUCCAACUUGCAUAGAUCCAAUAAAUACAACAAGUAGCAUGAGUCAUGCACCAAUUCUGUUUCCAUUCCUGUAAUGAUCAGUCGUUUAUCGUCGUUUCGACUAUUUGGAUUCUAGUUCACCGGAUGAAUUGUCACAAGAAAGUAACCCAUUCAUUUCCUUGAUCUGCAAUAGUAUGAG